AUGACGAUUUCUUAUUCACUGAAAGUCUCCAAAGCCGAUGUGUGUUCGUUUUCUCGUCUCCUGUUCAUGUGGCGAGGCAGCAUCUAUAAACUAAUCUACAAAGAACUAGUGGUGUUUCUACUCCUCUACUAUGAACUGGCCCUCAUCUAUAGACUUGCAUUGACUGGUACUCAACAACAUUCAUUUGAAUCGCUACCGCUCAGUUUCAUUCUCGGUUUUUACGUCAGCCUGGUGAUUAGUCGAUGGUGGAGCAUGUACGAAGCAUUGCCAUGGACAGAUUCAAUAUCGCAGCUCAUCUCAACUCAUGUACAUGGAACCAACGAAGCCACACGCAUCGAACGAAGAACCCUCGUUCGUUGGUUGAAUCUCACAGCUGCCAUAGUUUUCACUUCUGUGUCUAUGCCGGUGUUGAAGCGCUUCCCAACAAUUGGCCAUCUGGUUGAAGCAGGUUUGAUGACCAAAGAAGAGCGUAAAGAAUAUGAAGCCUUACCAACCCCCCAUGUCAAGCACUGGAUGCCGUGUGGAUGGGCGUGUAAUCUGAUUAAUAAACUCAGAGAGGAAAACAAAAUCAAAGACGAUGUAGCACAAAAUUUGUUGUUACAGGUGAGUCAUGAUUGGAUAAGUAUUCCCUUGGUGUAUACACAGUGGAUAAGUGUUCCCUUGGUGUAUACACAGGUUGUUACAAUUGUUGUUUACGCAUAUUUCCUGGUUCAAUUGUUCGCUGCCCAGUUUCUGAAUUAUUCAAUCAAUUACAAAAAUUUCUGGCUAGACUUCUACUUCCUAGUGCUGACUGUGAUAGAGUUCUUCUUCUACUUUGGAUGGCUGAAAGUUGCUGAAUCCAUUAUAAAUCCAUACGGAGCUGACGAUGAUGAUUUUGAAUUGAAUUACAUCAUAGACAGAAACUAUCAGGUAGCAUUGUUGAUUGUUGAUAACCUUCAUGGCCGAAUUCCCACUCUGGAGAAGGAUAAACACUGGGAUGAACCAGAAUUUGAGUUGCCAUAUACCGUAGCAACACUCAGAGGCAGACGAGCACGGACCUGGCUGGGAUCAACCGUUGAUGUUCUGUUGAAAGCCAAGGACUUCGUCAUUGCCGUUCCCAAUUCCAUAAUAAGCAUUGGUAACAUUUCAUCAAAAGAUAGAGGUGACAUUGAGUCCAAAAGUAAGAAAGAUACUGGAACUGAACUGAAACCUCUGUUGAAAAAAAGAGACCAAAGAUGGAGAGGAAGACCCGGUAUGCAGUGUCACUGUGGAGGUGGGGACAGAUUCUAAUAAAGAUGCUGCUCCUGUGACAUCCAAAAAGGAGAA